GGCGGAGGCGGAGGCGGAGGCGGGAUGGGGCUGCUGCUCAUGAUCCUGGCGUCGGCCGUGCUGGGCUCCUUCCUCACGCUCCUCACCCAGUUCCUGCUGCUUUACCGCAAACACCGCGAGCCGCCGCCGGACGAGGCCGCCCGCGCGGGCGAUGGCUUCCGCUACAUCAAGCCGGUGCCGGGCCUGCCCCUGAGGGAGUACCUUUAUGGCGGCGGCGGCGGCGGGGCUGAGGAGCCCUCCGGCGGGUCCCCCGAGGGCGCCGCGACCCCGGCCCCCGAGACCCCCGCCCCGCCGACGCGGGAGACCUGCUACUUCCUCAACGCCACCAUCCUGUUCCUGUUCCGAGAGCUGCGGGACACGGCGCUGGCCCGCCGCUGGGUCACCAGGAAGAUCAAGGUGGAGUUCGAGGAGCUGCUGCAGACCAAGACGGCCGGGCGCCUGCUGGAGGGGCUGAGCCUGCGGGACGUGUUCCUGGGCGAGACGGUGCCCUUCAUCAAGACCAUCCGGCUCCUGCGGCCCGUCGUGCCCGCGGCCACCGGGGAGCCGGACGGCCCCGACGGGGAGGCGCUGCCCGCCGCCUCGCCCGAGGAGCUGGCCUUCGAGGCGGAGGUGGAGUACCACGGGGGCUUCCACCUGGCCAUCGAUGUGGACCUGGUCUUCGGCAAGUCGGCCUACCUGUUCGUCAAGCUGUCCCGCGUGGUGGGGCGGCUGCGCUUCGUCCUCACUCGCGUGCCCUUCACCCACUGGUUCUUCUCCUUCGUGGAGGACCCCCUGAUCGACUUCGAGGUGCGCUCCCAGUUUGAAGGGCGGCCCAUGCCCCAGCUCACCUCCAUAAUCGUUAACCAGCUCAAGAAGAUCAUUAAGCGCAAGCACACCCUCCCGAGUUAUAAGAUCAGGAUCUUCCCAAAUCUGGACAGGACUCUAGACCAAGACAAGUGUUGUUAGUUGCCGUGAGUGGGUUCCGAGUCAUGACGACCCCAGGUGUGCAGUGUGCGGAGUAGAACUGCGCUCCAUAGGGUUUGCAAGUUUGUGAUCUUUCAGAAGCACGUCGCCAGGCCUUACUUCCAAGGCACCUCUGAGUGGGUUUAAACCUCCAACCUUUCGCUAAUAGUCGAGCACUUAAAAACAAGUAGCAGGCAAACUAUUUACUUAUUACAAAUGGCAUUAAUAUAAACUAGAGAGCUUUUUGUACGCUCCUGGGCACUCUAGGUGCUGUCAGCAUGGGUCGAGUUCAGCUCCUUAUCGUACUGAAAAUGGAAGGGAAGCCCACCCCAAGCCUCAGGAGUUGGCUCUGGGACUGUUGAAACUUUCUACAUGGGCUUGCUGCAUUGAGGGCAACCUGUCACUGACUUUGCAGCAUCUCCUUGGCCAUAUUGAGAAAUGGUUCCUGGGCACAGUACAAGCAUGAAGAGUGCUCAGCGCCCAGGUCUUUUGGAUUUUGCAACUGCAAGCCACUGUAGCUUUGCUGCUUGGGCAACUUCCGGGGCAGAAGUAGCAGCUAUUGUAAGGGAAUUCUCCACAGCAAACUGGAAAAGAAGUUGGAAGCCUAUAAUACUGUACUGUUCUUCUGUGUACAUUUUGUCUUCGUGCCAUCUGCCCGUUUAGGAUAGGUUCUGUAACACGGACCCAGACUCUCUGUCCCUAAAGUGUUUCUUCUCUGUGGCUGUAAGUUUCUCACUCAGUACCUGCAGUCACCUUGCAGAUGUAUUUUGAAGAUACGUAGUGAUUUUAACUUUUUAAAGCACUCUUAUAUCUGAUGGUUUAGUUUCAUGUAGUGUUUUGAUCAUUUUGCGUUUUGAUUAGUGUAUGGGUUUUUUAAUAUCAUAGAAGUGGAAGGGGAACAGUAGUUCUGUAGGGCUAGAGGCUUCACCCGCUCGGGUCUGGGAAGGUUUGCAGUCUAUUGGAGUGAAAGAUGAUCGUGCGUGGUAGUACAGGGCUGUUUAUUCUAAAGCAGCUGGAUUUGCACUUUGUGUCCUGUUUUAGUUUUGUAUUCAUUAAAAUGUUUGACCCUUUUGGAUUUUGUUUUUUGUUAUAAAAUUACAUCAACUCGGUAUUUGCCUUACCUAACUUCCUGGUGGCGCAAUGGUUAAGAGCUGUGGCAAGCUAUGCUGCUAACCAAGAUAUCUUCAGUUGGAAUCCACCAGUCGCUCCUUAGAAACCCUAUGCGGCAGUUCUCCUCUGUCCCAUAGGGUUGUUACGAGUCAGAACCAACUCCAGGGCACCUAACAACAACAGUGUCCUUCGAUGGAAGUUGCAUGUUUCUAGAUCCCACAUUUUCUACCACAGCCUCAAGCAUCAGUGACUCAGAUAAUCUGGAAAUAUUUUAUGUUUGGUUUUGGAAUGGAUUAUGAUUUGUGCGUGUGGCAUACUUACCUUACUAAUUAGUUUUGCUGAGGCUAAUAGCACAAAGUGACAGCUUAAAACUGUUGGAUGACGGGAGACAUUUACUUUAUAAUGGAAAUAUUUUCAUGUAUUUGCAGAGGUUGGUGAACUGGCUGUUAACUGUGUUUGAUUUCCUGUUCUGUGGAGUGGAACAUAGUUUAUGAAACCUCCUCCGUAAGCUCUAGAAUAUAUGACUAAAUUAUAAAUGAGCUCUAGUGUUUAAGCAGUGAGAGGUUUAUUUAUAGCAGUAUGUUGCUAAGAGAAAAAAGUUGUUACAAAUUUUGAUAUUCUGUCACAACUCUUAUUCUGUUGUUUUCUGGGUAGCUUUCAGGUAAUAAAAUUUGACCACAUUAUUAUUAUUAUUGGUGUUAAUUGCAAAAUAGCAAGUGGCAAGAGUGUUGCAUACCAUUUUUUUCCUAAAUUUUAUUAAUUUUGUUGUUCAGUAUAUAUACAGGGAAAUAUAUACCAAUUCAACAGCUUCUACAUGUACAAUUUACUAACACUGAUUACAUUCUUCAAGUUGUGCGACAAUUCUCACCCUCCUUUUCUGAGUUGUUCCUCCCUCAGUAACAUAAACUCUUGGGCCCCUAAGGUUCCUGUCUGUCAAGUUGCAGAUGUCACUUUGAUCCCACAUAGAUAGCUCUUAAAAGUGCAUGGAAACCCUAGUGGCGAAGUGGUUAAGUGCUACGGCUGCUAACCAAAGGGCCGGCAGUUUGAAUCCGCCAGGCGCUCCUUGGAAACUGUGGGGCAGUUCUACUCUGUCCUAUAGGGUUGCUAUGAGUCGGAAUCGACUCGAAGACACUGGGUUUGGUUUUGGUUUUUGGUGAAAGUGCAUAAAAGCUCAAAGCAGACCUUUUUUACUUGCUAAACUAUUUAUUACUCGGUUUUAAGAUGACUUAAGGGGAUAUUUUUGUUUUAAGGUUUAAAGAUUAUCUCAGGGCAAUAGUUUCAGGGGUUUGUCCACCUUCCAUAGCUCCAAAAAGUCUAGAGUCCAUGAGCAUUUGAAAUUCUGUUCUGCAUUUUCCUGCUUUUGAUCAGGGUUCUUUUAUGGAAUCUUUGAUACAGAAUGUUCAGUAAUGGCAGCUGGGCACCAUCCAAUUAGAGGCAGUUAGCCACACAUUCCAUAUCCUUCUCCUAUUCCUGACUCUCCUUUCUCUGUUGCUUCAGGUGAAUAUAGAGACCAGUCGUUGUGCCUUGGAUGGCUGCUUUUAAGACCUCAGACACUAUGCAACGAAUUGGGAGGUAGAACAGAAGCACUAAACACAUUAUUAGACCAAUUAAGUGUACUGGCCCCUGAAACCAGGACCCUAAACCUCCAAAACAAGGAACCAGACCCCUUGAGGUGUUUGGUUGUACAUAUGCAGCCUCAGCAGCUAUUCUUUUUUUUUUUUUUUUUGGCGUUGUCGUAAAUAUCUAUUCCACAACUUUUGCCAGUUGAACUUUUUACUGGUGUACAACUUAUUGACAGCAAUUAACAAUAAUCGGCUGUGCAACCCUACCCUUAAUCAAUGCAAUUUUUCCAUUACCAGUAACCCCCCCCCCUUCCCCUCCAUCCCACCCUUGGUAACCACUAGUAAACUUUGGAUCUUUUCAUGUGUUUGGUAGCCAUUUGAAUGUUCUUCUUUAGUAAAAUAUCUAUUCAAGUCCUUUGCCUGUAUGAUGAUUGGGUUGUCUUUUUUGUUGCUAUUGAAGUUUUAUAUAUAUUUUGCUUAUUAGAUUCUUGCUGGAUAUUUGGUUUCUGAACAUACUCUCCCAGUCGGUAACUUGUCUUUUCACUCUUUUGGUAAAGUCUUUUGAAGAAUAAAAUUUUUAAUUUUUAUGAGGUACCAUUUAUUUAUUUUGUCUUUUGCUGUUGGUACUUUUAUUAUUAAUGUUAGAUAAUCCAUUAUUGAAAGCUAGGUCUGCUUGUUCUUCUAAGAAUUUAGUAUGCACGUUUAGGUCCUUAAUCUAUUUUGAAUUUGUUUCUGUGUAUGGUGUGAGGCUUGAAUCCUGUUUCAUUUUUCUGCAUGUGGAAAUCCAGUUUUCUUAGCACUGUUUAUUGAAAAAACUCUUCUUUCCCCCCAAAUGGACUUAGCACUCUUGUCAAAAAUUAGUUGACCAUAGAUGCGUGGGUUUAUUUCUGGCUUCUCAAUUCUCUUCCAUUGGCCUAUAUAUCUAGGUUACAUAUCAGUUUGAGAUUUUUUUUUAAUAAAUUAAUUUUAAUAGUUAAAUCUGAAAGAAACUAUGAAUAAGAGUUAUGGAGCCAUAGAGAAGUUUAUUUGAAGGAGCUUAAUCAUCUGUGGAAACCGUGGUGGCGUAAUGGUUGAGUGCUACGGCUGCUACCCAAGAGGUCAGCAGUUCAAAUCCGCCAGGCGCUCCUUGGAAACUCUAUGGGGCAGUUCUACCCUGUCCUGUAGGGUCGCUAUGAGUCAGAAUCAACUCGACGGCAGUGGGUUUGGUUUUUUUUGGUUUUAUCAUUGAAGACCGUUGCCAUUUAAAGUAUAGCAAAAUUGCUUUUUGUUUAUUGUAUCCCAAGAAAUUUUAAAAAAGCAAAGCAUGGGUUUGGUUAUACAUCAUUUCUAAACCCUAAGCAUUAAAUGAUCACCUCUAGAAGUGUACACAUCUAUGCUCUUUAUAUUAGAGAGCAUCUCGGUGGUCAGUCAGUAAAUACUGCAGAGAACGCGUCACUCAAUCUGCUGAUGUUUAUUGUAUGUCUACAGCAUGCCUGACAUUGUUCUAGAUGCUGGGGCUUCAGUGUUGGACAGAAUUGACAGCCUCUACCCUGUAGAGUUUCGAGUCUAGUGAGUGAGAAUUACUGUGCUUUGUAAGUUAGAGUGUGGCUGAUGGGGUUGAAGUCACUAGGAAGCGUUGCCAAAGAAAAUAAUAGAAGUAUUAGGUUGAAAAGGACUGCCUCAGGAGUUGUUAAGCUCUGUUGUCUGCGUACUCUUCUGCCAGAAGCAUUUUAAGCUGAUGGGGUUGUGGAGCUGAUUCGUAUUUCAGAUAGAAAUACGAAUUAAACUACAAGUAACAUGUAUGACAGUCUCAUAAUGAGAAGUAGCUAGUGUUAAUUCUUUUUUAUAAAUCGGGGACUGGAGCUCAGAGUAGUUAGAUAACUUGGUUAAAGUCAGCUACGUGGUGAAACCUAGCUGAUAAAGCCAGGUUGCUUUUUUUAAACGAUACCAUAUUGUUUUUUAAUGGAUUAAAAAAAAAAAUAAGGUGUAUGUGUAAUGUAUAUGUGGGAUAUCUUUCCACAUAAACCAAGAAUUCUGAGAAGGGUAUGACUAUAAAGCUUAUUUUUUUUCUUAAAUUGGCAAUUUUAAGAGAGAUCCCUUUUAAGGUUAAAUCAUCAGGUUAAAUCUUUGAGUGCUGCCCCACAUAGCAUUUCUUUUUUAACCCAGCAGAUUUUGUUCCCAAAUAGAAGGUCUUGCUAGUUCAUCCUUUUUUAAUCUACUUAGUCUGCUUCUGUAAAGGUUUAUAGCCUUGGAAGCCCUAUGGGGCAGUUCUGCUCUGUCCUCUAGGUUGCUAUGAGUCGGAAUCAACUCGAUGGCGGUGGGCAGGUAAAUCUACUGUGUACGGCUAAAGCAACAGAAAAAAUUGUAUUGAGUCUUAGGAUCCUUUGGCACUUUGAGUUAUUGCAUAACAGAAUAUUGGCCUAUUAGCAUUAUUGUCAUUUCUUUCCUCCAUUUACUUUUUCCUUUUUCGUGUUGCUAAAGUGAAGUUGUCUGUCAAGACUGCCAGUUCCUGAUAAUUCACCUACCUAGUGAUGCUAAGGAGCUCAAGUGGUUGCUUUCUAAGGUCUCAGCUGAUCGACACUUCAUUUUACCCAACUAACACAGUUUGUAAAACAUUAUAAUAUUUUGAAAAAUUGAAUUAUAAUGUAAAAAUUAUAUAUAAUUAUUAUAUAUCAAAUUUUAUGUAUAUUUGAAUGUACUGAAUGAGUAUGGAACAUUUAAAUAAAUAUUUGGGGAAACUUCAGUUUUCCAGUCCAUGGAAGGUCUGCUGAACUACUUUUGUCAUAACCAAUUGUUUUGUUCUUUUACUUUUGAAAAACAUUAUAAUAUGUAUUAGUGGAAACUUUUCAAAUAUUGCUAGUGACUGGGAAAUGAGGGAAACCAUUGUCCCCACUAAAGGCAGCGUCGAGGCUAUAUUUAGUUAGGCAGAGCCUUUUCACGUCUUUAUUUUUAGCUAUAUCUUCUCUAGCUAUACCACUAAUUUCAGAGAACUAAAUUAGAGUUGGACUGCAGAGCCUCAUACUUUAUAAUGUGGUCUGUAAAUUGAGUUAUUUCUUCCUUGGUCUUCUGAGAUGAGGUAGAAAAACAUUUAUUCUUAUUGUUAAUUAUAGUUUUUUUUCUUACUGAUUUUCUGAGGUAUAGAUGUUCUUGGUAAUUCUUGUCUUCUCAAAAACAUUCAAAGUAUAUUCACUGGAAGCUGACAGAACCUUUUGUGAACUUGGGUUUAAUGUAUUGAUUCAUUCGCCUGCUCUUGCGUACUUAUUUUUCUCUCUGUAUAUGGACAACUUCUAAAAGGUAUCCUUACUUAGGUUGGAAAUGCAGCUAACCUCUGAUACUUGGGGAGAGCUGAGGCUGUGACGUUAGUGUAACACUCUGGCGGUCCUGGAGUAAUGACAUAAUUUAAUGUAGUAGGGUUUUUUGUUGUUUGUUUGUUUUUAUCUGUUGUGCUUUUCUUGUACUACUGCUCAGGCGAAGUCUGUUUCUACAUCUCUAUACAAAUGAAAUGGCAAGAUUCUUAGAGAUAAAGGAUAAUUAAGUCAUACUAAAAAUAGUUAUUUCACAAGUACUUAUUGAGGACUAGCGUAUCUAGUGUUGGUGGGUAUGGUGAAGGUGGUAAAAAUGGUUAGAACAUAGCUCAUGCUUUCACAAAGUUAGUCUUUCUAGAGAAAAUAAAGAACAAUUAAAGCUCAUUCUAAUACCAUGAAUUUGGAAACCCUGGUGGCGUAGUGGUUAAGAGUUACGGCUGCUAACCAAAAGGUCGGCAGUUCACAUCCACCAGGUGCUCCUUGGAAACGCUGUGGGACAGUUCUGCUUUGUCUUAGAGGGUCGCUAUGAGUUGGAAUCAACUCAACAGCAACAGGUUUGGUUUGGGUUUAAAUGGCAUUUGAAUAUAUUUAAGACCUUCAGUUUUGUGAGAAACAGAAAGAGGAGAGAUUAAUAUCUCUGCAAAGGCAAAUAGGUGAUUACUGUGGUGUUGUAUAAUAAUAUACUGCAAUCAUAAGUUCCUUAAUACACUUGACUAAGUAUCCUGCAGUGUAACACUGGUUUUAUUUCUUACAAGUUGGAUUUUCUUAAGCUGCUUUGAAUUGUUUUGAUUGAGAUACUUAAAACACUUUAGAUGGAAAAUAAUGUAUUGGAAAAUUAAAUCUUCAUUCUAUAAAUUUGACUUACACAUUGAGGGGAGAAGAUUAAUUACGAGGAGGCCUUUAGAUCCAAAUCAGUAAUGUACAGGUAUUGGCUAUCUUGGAAAGCCUCACUUUGUUCCUGGAAAUAGCCAAAACGGAUCAUAAUAAAGUCGAUUGUGUUGGAGGAGCAUGCCUGAUCAAACACUUCAUAUCGAAUUACAAAUAUUACUAAUGAUCUAUCAUAUGAGGCAGGGGUGGGGUUGAUAAAAUAAGUUUGCUUACUCUGUGCCAGGCAGUGGGGCGGGCACUUACAUGCACGGCUACCUCGCUUAAUAGUUAAAACUACUGUAUGGGGGAUUUUGGUAUCUCAUUUUUACAGAUGUGGAAAAUUGAGAUGGGGGGUGGUUAUAGGGUCGCUAUGAGUCAGAAUCAACUCAAUGGCAGUGGUGGGUGGGGGUAGUGACUUUCUCAAGGUCAUAAAAACAGUCCUGGACUCACAAAGCCCAUGCUGUGUUAUUUCUACGGAGAUAAACCAGCUAUUGCUCUAAACCAGAGGUCUGCAGACUACUGGUGUUAGGCCCACAAAUUAUGAAAGAUUUUUUUAAUUUUUAAAGAGUUGUUAAAAAUUUAAAAAAAGGAAUACUCAAAAAUCCCAAAAUACUUACUAUCUGGCUCUUUACAGAAAAAAUAAAAGUUUACCAACUCCUGCUGUAGACUUUUUAAGAAAAACCUUAAAAAAAUAAAACCAUGAUUAAAUGCCUUUUAACAGGUCAUUUGUGCAUAUACAGGAGCCCUGUUGGCGUGGUGGUUAAGCGCUUGACUGGUAACUGAAAGCUUUGAACCCACCAGCUACUUCUUGAGAAAAAAAUGUGGCAGUUAGCUUCCCUAAAGAUUAGUCUUGGAAACCCUAAUGGUCAGUUCUACUCUGUCCUAUAAGGUCGGUAUGAGUUGAAAUCAACUUGACUGCAAUGGUUUUGGGUUUACUAUAUGCAUCUACAUUGAAAGAUACUUUUAAAGCUUUUGGGGGAUCGUAUCCUUAAGGAGCCUUGGUAGCGCCAUGGUUAAAGCACUCGGCUGCUAACCAAAAGGUCAGCAGUUCGAACCCACCUGCCGCUCUAUGAGAGAAAGAUAGUUGACUCGACGACAGUGGGUUUCGUUUGAUUUAUCCUUCUGUUUAGGGUCACUGUGAAUUGGAAUUGACUUGAUGGCCCACAACAACAGCAUCUUUUACUAAAGUGGGCCAGAUGGUGCAGUGAUCAAGCGCUUCAUGGGAGAAAGAUAUAGCAGUCUACUCCGUAAAGAUUUACAGCCUUGGAAACCCAAUAGUGCAGUUCUGUUCUGUUUUAUAGGGUCACUAUGUGUCAGAAUUGACUUGACGGCAGUCGUGUUGGUUUUUUGGAUCCUUUGCUAAUGAAAGCUCUGGAUACUUUCUGCAGAAAAAAGCAUAAACAAAUUUUCAUUUAAUUUCAUGAAAGUUAUAGUCACCUUGAAGCCUGUGGUGUUGCCCUUGGACUCCAGGUUGAAAAGUAAACAGAGACAAGAAGGAUACCAGUUUUUGUCAUAAAGAUAACUAAAACUAAUAUGCUAGAAUAAAUAUUAAACAUUUCAUAAUUUUACUUGCCUUCUUAGAAUGUAUAAGGAAUUUGUAUGGCACAGGUUUUCUUAAAAAGCUGGGGGAAGGGUAACUUUCUCUCUAUCCAAGGAAGUGUAACAUGUCUCCUUUUCUUUUGUCUCUUGGUAAGAUUUUUUAUAGUAGAUAGAGGUGUUCUGAAUCAAUAGUUCAAUAAGAAAUCUGACAUUUCAACUUAAAGUAUCUACCAUUGAAUACCUUGUUUAAAAGUUAAAUACCUACCCAACAUUUCUUCUAUCAUGUUCUCCGUUUCCUCCAAACAAUAUCACCAGGAAAUAAGUGCUAAUAAAACACUUUGUUCCUUCCUUAAAGUUGUCGGUCUGCUGACAUUUUUUUGGCUUGGCAUCAGAGCACAUCACAUUUCAUAAGAAAGCCAUAAAGCGAACUACCUUGUAAUUAGCAGAAGUUUUCCAGAGUAGUUUCAAAAUCUUUCUUGCCCAGUUGCUAAGAUGGGCAUAAAACUGCAUACUUACUGUAUCUGUAAUGAGGUAUGAAUGUUAACUGUUUACCUUCAGGUGUGUAAAACUGCAGGUAAUAAGUAGAGACUGCUUUUUUUCUUUUUCUUUUCCUUGUUGCUAUUCAGUCAAUUCUGACUCAUAGUGAUUCUAUAGGACAGAGUAGAAUCCCUAUAGGAUUUCCAAAGAGCAGCUGGUGGAUUUGAACUGCUGACCUUUUGGUUAGCAGCCAUACUCUUAACCACUGCCCCACCAGGGCUCCAGAGACUGCUAGUACUAAGCAAUUAUUUAAUUCCUUUGGUAUGAGGCUAUAGAUAAACACUUGGGUUGUCUAUUUCAGUAAAUAAAACGUUCAAAUAAGGUGGGCCUGACUUUAGGUUAUCAGCAUUACCACUUAGCAAGGGACCUUGGACAAAGGGCUUACUUCCCUUAGUCUCAGUUUCCAUAUCUGUACAAUGGAAAUAGAAAUAAUACCUAUCUGUUUGGAGAUAAUAUCACAUAUGAUAGCUAUGGAAUAAAUGUAUCUUCCCUUUAAUAGUAACAAAGAACAAAUACACACAUUUAUUGAUUAUUGUAUAUAUUAGACGUUUUGGUAGAAAUAUGUCACAUUUUAUUAGAUAUAUAUCAGACAUUUCCUAGAUGAUACAUUAAUUUUUUUCCCUUCCCAUGAGUGAUGAACUCUUUGAAAAAAUUCAAGCAGUGUGAAAUUAUGUAACAUAAAAAGUGAAAAUCUCCUGUAAUAUCUAAUCUUAAGGAAAACUACUGUUAAAUUUAUGCAAUAUUCUUUCAUUUAUUCCCCUAAAUGUAUUAUAAUUUUGUUAUUAAUUUAUAAUAACAAGAUUAUACUUCAUACUCCACCAUUAGCAACUUGCCUUUUUUUGCUUAGCGUAUCUUGGGUUUUCUAAAUACAGCUUCAUUUGUUGAACAGGUGCAUAGAAUUACAUUGUAUGAACGUACCAUAGGUUAACCAAUUUCUUGGUAAUGUUUUGUUUUCAUUUUCUCACUGUUAUAAAUAAUGGCAUAAACAUCCUUCUACCUAUAUCUUUGUAUAGAUGCUAGAAUUUUUCUUUUGUUAUUUUUCCUGUGAUUUGUUAGGGUUUUUUUUUUGUUUUGGCCGAUUUUUGCCAAUGUUAAAACAGUAUUGAGGAGCAUAAGAUAAGUAGAGAGAGACAGCUGCCUUCGAGUCAACUUCUACUCAAGGCAAUCUUACGUACAACAGAAUGAAACAUUGCCUGGACCUGCGUCAUCUAACAGUCACCAGCAUGUUCGAGUCCAUUGUUAAAGCUGUUGUGCCAGUCCGUCUCACUGAGAGGCUCCCUCACUGGCCCUGUACUUCACCAAACAUGGUAUCUUCCUCCAGCAAUUGAUCUCUCCUGAUGACAGAUUCAAAGCAAGUGAGUUGGACAGUGUUCUUUUGUGAUCCAUAAAGUUUUCACGGGCUAAUUUUUGGAAGUAGAUCACUAGGCCUUUAUUCCUAGAUUCUUAGUGAGGAAGCUGUGCUGAAACCUAUCCACCAUGGCGUGACCCUGCUAGUAUUUGAAAUAUUGGUGAAAUACACAAGCCACCACAGUACGACAAACAUCUACUCUUCUCCUUUUUGGAUUUCAUCCCCCUGAGGUAUUCAGUCAUUGAGAACUAUGCUGAAACACAUAUAAAACAAAACAAACCUGUAGCCUUCAAGUGGAUUCUGACUCAUAGGGACCCUGUAGGCAGAGUAGAACUGCCCCAUAGGGUUUCUAAGGCUGUAAUCUUUACAGGAUCCUUGUUAUCCCUUCAUCUGGAGUGCUUUUCCCACAGAUAUCCAGAGAGCUAAUUUAUCACUUUCUUCAGGUCCCUGCUUAAAUGUCUACUUUCGAUCAUUCUGUAUAAAAAAAGAGGUUAGCUCUUUAAAUGUUGAUUUUUUUUUUUUUUUUUUUUUGAACAUAUACAAAAAACUGACUAAAUCCUGAAUGCACAGCUUGAUGAACUUUUACGGAGUGAGCUUGGCCUUGUAACUAAAGUGCUGGGAUUUUGAAGUGUGUCUGUCUAAAGAAUACCUGAAGGUUGUCAUAAACCAGUUAGGCUGAUGAUAUAUAACCAAUACGUUUUGUAAAGUCAGCAUCGAAGAGGAACACCUCCUCCCCUGGUACCUAUACGCUGGCAUACCCUGGUGAUCCGUGCCAGCUGAAGUCUCCGUACUUCACCACACUGACUUCACGGUCUGUCCUGGCCCCACACGGCCACUCUCUCCUCAUUCCCACAUACAACAAAAAAUUAAACACAAAUGUGUUUGCAGCUUUCCCUGACACUCCUGAAACCUUGUUUUUUAAUUUCACAUUCUUAGGAAAAGUCAAUAUUGAUGAACUGUAGAUUAUGCUUUCCUUAGACUGAUAGAGAAUAACAGACUUGUUUUCCCUGUUCUGGUGCAUAAUUAUCAGUUUUCAUUAAAUCAGCAGAAUGCUUUAGAACAUAUUUUUCUUCCUUCUCUAAUCAGCACUUUGUGUAUUUAUGCCCCUGAUUUCUUCAUGUUUUGGAGCUGAUGAUGUGGUGGGUGGAGUACUGAAAUGUCAGGACUUUGUAUAACUAUAAAAAUUUCCCAUUCUCUAGCAUAAUUAGUUCUUGUUGAUAAGUACUUUAAAACACUGAUCAGCAUAGUACAAAUGUUUUAGUUGAGUUUAUUCUUUUGUAUUAAGUACCCUGACGUGUAGUCAAGUAAUUGGUAAGGUAUGUGUACAGUGGUUAAGUGCUGGGCUGCUAACUGGGAGGUCAGCGGUUCGAACCUACCAGCUGCUGUGCGGAAGAAGGAUUGACAGUCUGCUUCUGUAAAGGUUACAGCCGUGGAAACCAUAUGGGACAGUUCUACUCUGUCCUGUAGGGUCGCUGUGAGUUGGAAUUGACUCAGUGGCAAUGGGUUUGGUUUUCGGUUUUGGUGCCAUUGUAACAGGUACUUGUGACCUAAGUAUAUUUAGAAAUGGUCUUUCUCCUAGGCUCAACUUAGGAUCCUACCUGUAUAACUACAAUUAUAAAUGACUAUUGUUUUUCCCUGUAAAAUUUUAAGUAGCAGUAAUGUUAUUAGCUGCCCUUGAGUCGACCCCCAACCUGGACUUGCUCGCAUAGGGUAUUCAUUGGCUGAUUUUCUGAAUUGGUCACCAGGCCUUUCUUCCUCGUCCAUCUUAGUCAAAGCUCCACUGAAACCUUUUCAGCAUCACAGCAACCCGCAGCCUUCCGCUCACAGAUGGGUGGUGGCUGUGCUUGAGGUGUCCUGGCUGGGAGUCAAAUCCAGGUCUCCUGCAUGGAAAUGGAGAGUUCUACCACUGAACCACCACUGUCCUCUAAGUAGCAAUAAGGCCUGUUGCCCGUUGCUGUCAAGUCGACUCCAACUCACAGUGACCCUAUAAUAAUAUAAAUACUGUAUAAGUAGCAAUAAUAAAAAAAUAAUAGGGCGAUAUUAUUUCUGUUUCAUAGCUGGCUACAAGAAUCUUAUUUCGAAAAUUGACUUAUGUCCUCUUCUUAAAUACCAGCAUUUCAUGCAGACAUCACUAUCUACAAAUAGUGCAGCUGGUGGUGGUGUUGUAUGCCGACUUUUUGUCCUUUUCACACGAUAGUCUUUCAUACAUGUUGGAUUAUACUAACACUCAUUACUAAGGGUGAUUGUGGUUGCUGACUAUGCAGUCUUGCUGCCUUAGUCAUUUGGUCAAGCAAGUAAAUAAUUCAAAGCUUUUAGGUCUGUGAAACUUUCUGUGGCUGGAGUAAGAGCCAUUUGAUUAUAGCUAAUUUCAUUUGAACAAUAAUUAUUUCUAUAAUGCAUUGAAAAUCCUAUUUUCUUCUCACAAUUAUUAAAUAUAACAUUAUUUCCUGUAAAAUUUGAAACAGGUGAUGUCUGGUCUAUUUCAAUAAUUUGAAAGGUUUUAAGUUCUCAGUGGUUAACUGUUUGGAUCUCAAUCAGGACCAGAUUGGCAAACUGUUGACAUGGGAAGAAUUUAAAUUUUUAACUAAAUUUAGUCCUUUUAUUUACUAAUGCUGAAGUGGAAGGUAGUACAGAUAUUUUGCAUUUAAUACAGAUAUUUUGAGAUUAAGGAGCCCUGGUGGUACAGUGGUUAAAGCGCUUGGCUGCUAACUAGCAUUUUGGACCUACCAGCUGCUCUGCAGCAGAAAGAUGUGGCAGUCUGCUGCCGUAAAGAUUACAGCCUUGGAAACCCUAUGGGGCAGUUCCGCUCUUCCUAGAGGGUUUCUGAGUUAGAAUUGACUCGAAGGCAGUGGCUUUUGGUAAUUUUGAGAUUAGGGAAAUGUAAAGAGAAAAUUCUUGACCGUCUUAGCCUGAGAUAAAGUCCAUGGGUUCAGUCUAUCUAAAUUAUAGCCUAUUUUUUACUAAAUUACUCAAAAUAUUUGAGUAAGUUGCUUACUAAAAAUAUUUGAAACUAUUAUUACAGAGUUAGGAUUUUAUCUGAAGUCAAUAAUUCUGAGAUGCAUGCCAGUCAACAAACGUUUUUUGAACUAAGCUCUAUGGUAAUAAUCAUUGGAGCCUUGGGGAUACUCUGCUCUGUCAAGCUUUGUCUUAAAAGUAACUCCACCUUGUGCCCUUAAACAGUAGCAUUAGAAGAUAAGGGAUGUCUGUUUCUGGAAUUGCUGUUGAUUUCUUGAUUUAGUAUAUCCUUGGGCAUGUCAUGCCGCUUGUUAUUUUUGAGACUGAAUGAGAUAAAAAUCUGAAGUUCUUAAAGUUCUCUGAGAAAAUAAUUAUAUAAAUGUAAAGUAGCAUCGCAGGCUGUAUCUUAUGUGGAUGUGGGUGGAAAACAUAGGUUUGAUAUAGGGAUUUCUUUCAAAUAUGCAGGUACAAAUUGUUUUAAAAAUAUUUCCGUGUAAUUUUAAGCCCCAACUUUAGAUAGGUAAUUUAUGAACUAAGGAGAAGUAGAAAUACAGAUAUUAAAGUCAUUUAUAUUUGACUUUAGAAGAUGUUACUUAUAUUUGGAGAGAGAAAAACAAGAAAGCUAGACUAUUAGAACCUUAAAGUAUUUAACAGCUCUCUCCUUGUUGCUUUUGUUCAGAUCUUUUGCUGAUCCUUAUUUCAUAUUUGGAAUAGAGAUGUUUUGUCUGUUUGAUACAUCUGACUGGCUUAAGAAGACCAGUCCUCUGUAUUAUCUACUUCGUUGUUCAAGUCUAUCAUAGAAGAAAAGGGAGGUGAUAAUUUGGCUUUAAGAUGUUUUCUAUGCUCCUCCCCCCUCCCCUGGUGGCGUAAUGGUUAAGAGCCACAGCUGCUAACCAAAAGGUUGGCAGUUUGAAUCCACCAGGCACUUCUUGGAAACCCUAUGGGGCAGUUCUGCUCUGUCCUGUAGAAUGGCUAUGAGUCAGAAUUGACUUGACAGCAAUGGGUUUGGGGUCCCCCCCCCCCCGCCAUCUACUAGACUUUAGAAAAGAAUCAGUUUAUUCAGUAAAUGUUUGCCAUCUUUGUCCAGGACAUACACACUGCAAAGGGAAUUCUCAUCUAAGAGGGAAAUACAAAACAGUCCUUCUUCAGGGUAGUUUUUAUUUUAGUUUAGUUUAGUUUUUUAAUUUAGUGAUGAGAAACAUUUAAGGUAAUGAGAGUUACAGCUUAGAAUUUAAGACAACAUGCUAUGACUAAUAAGUGUUAUUGUCUAACUUAAUGAUUUGGAGACACCUGUGGGCCUCUAAGACCCUGACUGGAGGUCCACCAAGUCAAAACCAUGUAACUGUUUUCAUAAUAAUACAAAGGUGUUAGUUGCCUUUUUCGGUCCUAUUCUCUCAGAAUUGUACAGUGGAGUUUCCCAGAAGCUACAGGACAUGCCAUCCCUGACGGCUAAUGGAGUAUGAACUUCUGUAUUCUUAGGUUUAAAAAUUUUAUCAUUUUUAGUUUCUAAUAUAAAUAUCAAUAAGUAUAACCCACAUAAUCAACAGCUAUUUGGGGUCCCCAAUAAUUUUUAAAAGUAUGAAGGGGUCCUGAGAUCAAAAUAUUUGAGAAAUCACUGGUCUAACAUGAAUUUUCUUUUUUUACCAUAUGUAAGGGAAUUGCCGUUGCCUCAUUUUCUGAGUCAGCCCUAAUGAAUAUUAGAUACAUGUAUUACUUUCAGUUAAUAUGUAAUAUUACUUGUACACCUUGGUGUUUUUUUUUUCUAAUUUUUAUUGUGCUUUAAGUGAAAGUUUACAAAUCAAGAUAGCCUCUCAUACAAAAACUUAUAUACACCUUGCCAUAUACUCCUAGUUGCUCUCCCUCUAAUGAGACAGCACACUCCUUCCCUCCACUCUCUAUUUUCAUGUCCAUUCGGCCAACUUCUGACUGCCUCUGCCCUCUCAUCUCCUCUCCAGACAGGAGCUGCCCACAUAGUCUCAUGUGUGUCUACUUGAUCCAAGAAACUCGCUGUUCACCAGUAUCAUUUUCUAUCCCAUAGUCCAGGCCGGUCCCUGUCUGAAGGGCUGGCUUUGGGAAUGGUUCCUGUCUUGGGCUAACAGAAGGUCUGGGGACCAUGACCUCUGGAGCACUCCUAGCCUCAGUCAGACCGUUAAGUCUGGUCUUUUUAUGAGAAUUUGAGGCCUGCAUCCCACUGCUUUCCUGCACCCAAACCCCCGCCUCUGCAACGCUGGCCUUUGAAGCGUUUAGUUUAUUCAGGAAACUUCUUUGUUUUGGUUUAGUCCGUUUGUGCUUACACCUUGGUGUUUUAGGGAGCACAGCGUUGAGUGGCCUGUUGCAGUUUUGGCUACACUCUUACUGUGUGAUCACGGCCAAGCUACUGGAGCUUCCUUAUCCUUCCUCAUAUGUAAAAUAAAGUCUAUAAUACCAUACAUUGUUGUGAAUAGUGACAAUCAAGAAUGUUUAUGAAAAUUUUGUAUAACUGUGUAACUAUUUUCAUAAUAAUACAAAGGUGUUAGUUGCCUUUUUCAGUCUUAUUCUCUCAAAAGUGUGCACUGGAGUUUUCCAGAAGCGACAUGACAUGCCAUGACUUACAAAAGUGCUAGGAACAUAUAAAAGUGGUAGAUUGGAUUAAGUUUUAUAUUCUCUUAUUCAAAGGUGUGUAUGGUGGGGAGCUGGUAGAGAGAAAUAGGGGUUUGGAUCUAAGGCCAGUUCUCAUAGUUCUGCCCAUUUUUUAGCUUUGUAAGGACUAAGAAUUUGGAUUUAAUUGAUCAUAGGUGAUGGUAAAGGACCCUUACAUUGUGGGCUGUGAUGAACAUAAAAAGAUAAGAGAUUUACCAGGCAUAGUCGAGAGAAUUCCUUUGGUUCCCUGAGCAGCUGUCUCAUUUGAUACCUUAUCUCUCACAUAAGAUACCAGUUAACAUUGACUCACCUUUGAGCCACCAGCUGUUUUGAGUUCUAUUUUGAGGGACCUACACCCUCUAUUAUCCCUCUUUUGUUCAGUGUAUGUGUAAAACCAAUUUGGAAAAUCGUGAGGCAUUUUAGGUCUUGAUUAUUCUGCAUGUGGCCUAUAAGUGCAGAAUUAGGAACUUAGAUGAAAGUGAGCAUUUCAUAUAAAGUAGGAUGAGCAGGGGGAAAGUAUUUUUUCUAACAGUAUUUGUUAUCCUUGUUCGUAUUCGUUUUGGAAACGUUUAAGAAUUUCUCCUUAGGAGUUGUUGUGAGUUGCCAUUGAGUAGGCCCUAGACUCAAUGGCAACCCCAUGCACAACAGAACAAAACACGUCCUGGUCCUGUGCCAUCCCCAAGAAAAGCUGUGGAUUGGACAGUUGCGAACCAUGGGGUUUUCACUGGUUGAUUUUUGGAAGUAGCUCCUCAGACCUUUCUUCCUAGUUGUUGGUAUGGAAGGUCUGCUGAAACCGCGUCAGCAUCAUAGCAGCGUGCAGGCCUCCAUUGACAGGCUGCUGGGGGCCGUGCGUGGGGUGCAUUAACUGGGACUCAGUCAGUGCGUAAAUUAAAAUCAUUUCCCCAGUGUAGACUUUGUCAGUGCACGCCAGGGAGUUCCAUAAAUAGGACAGUUUUAAGUGGCUUUUCUUAAGUCAGUUUCUUAAUAUAUUCAGUUUAAUACAAGCCUUAGUUAUAAAACUUAAUGUUGCAGCGGUAGAAAGGUUUGAUAACUAAGGCAGGGAGGUAUACUGGCUCUUGUUAAUAUGUUUCCUUGUACUUGCAAGUUGAUAUCGUCUCAAAGGACACAAUUUUUAAAAAUGUCAGCUAGUGUAAGGACUAAAAGCAUGGCCGUGUGGAAUCUGAAGCCAGAGGAAGACAAGCAGCCAAGAGCUUGAACAUCAUAAAUGGUGAAUGCUGAGCUCUGGAAGCGGUUCCAUGUGGAAGGAAAGGAGCGUGCUAUCUGGCUUGUCUGUAGGAAGACUGCCUGAAUACAGAUAAAUCGAUAAAUAGGAAACAUUUCUAGAGCACCUCACGGUGCCACAUGCUUUAUGUGAAAUUUUUCAUGUAAUCCUUACAAUAACCCUAUGAGAUAAAAAAAAAAAAAAUUAUUACCUUACUUUUACAGAUGAAGAAAUGGAGGCUCUCAGAGUUCAAGUAAUUUUUGCCCGAGUUCUCAAGCCUGGUUAAGUGUUAGAGCCAAAAUUCAAAACCAAGUAGUGACACUGAAGCCUUUGUGUUUAAACACUACUUUAUACUAUAUCAUCAAACAAGCUGAGGAGUUGACAGAGAAAUAAUAGAAAACCUAAGAGAAGAAGAGUAAAGAUAAGAAUCAGAGAUGAUGACUAUUAAAAAUGGGUGGGAGAUACAUCAGUGGAGAUGAACAGUAAUUGGUAAAGCCACCACUCAUCUGUUAUUUGUCAUACUGUGGUGGCUUUUAUGUUGCUGUGAUGCUGAAAGCUAUACCACUGGUGUUUUAAAUACCAGCAAGGUCACCCAUGGUGGACAGGUUUCAGUGAAGAUUCCAGUCUAAGACAGACUAGGAAGAAAGGCCUGGCAGUCUACUUAAAAAAGUUAGCCAAUGAAAACUGUAUGAAGCACACCAGAAUAUUGCCUGAUACGAUGCUGAAAGACGAGCCCCUAGGUUGGAAGGCACUCAGAAUACAUAGUGGCCACAACAAUGGACUCGAGCAUACCAACGAUUGUGAAGGUGGCUCAGGACAGGGCAGUGGCAACUAACAGCAACAACAAACAAAACAAAUUUUAACAGUGAUUUCUUCAUGACGUUAAAUAUCCACUUAGUGUUUAAUUUUUCCUGAUUCCGUCAGCUUUAUCAAGCAUAGACUUUUGGCUUGUCUUGCAUAGCGGUGAUUUUCCACAGAGGAGCCCUGGUGGUGCGGUGGUUAAGCACUUGACUGCUAACCGAAAGGUCAGCAGUAGGAACUCACCAGCUGCUCCGCGGGAGAAGGAUGUGGUAGUCUGUGUCCGUAAAGAUCACAGCCUUGGAAACCCAGUGAGGCAGUUCUCCUCUGUCCUAUAGGGUCGCUGUGAGUUGAAAUUGACUUGAUGGCAGCGAGUUUGGUUUUUGGUUUGAUAUAUUUUAAAAUACUUUUUAAUUUUCUAAAUGUUGAAAGUGUACUCCAAAACCUCAAAAGAGGCUGACAUGAACUCAUAUAUUUUUCCCGUGAACAUUAAUCUCGAUAAUAACUCCUUAUGACUUAAAAAGCUAUCUGAUUUAUUUUUUAUUUUUCUCCUCUCCUUUUAUUCUUUCUUGAUUCCCUGCUUUUUUCUUCCCACUUCCUAGUUAGGAUAGCUGCUUCUGUGGUAGAGUACAUGUUAUUUCAGUAAGUUAUCACACCAGCAUACCUUGUUUUUUUUAAGAUGUUCAGACUGAGAACAUUACUUUCACCAAAAAAUGGAUAACAUUGUUAAAUCGGUACGUUUAUAACUUAAUUUCUAAAAGAAUGCUGGCUUGAAUGUCAGUGUACUUGGGUUUUUAGACUCAGAUCUGUAGCUAGGUCUCAAGCAUAUCUCUGAUCUCUUUAGUUUCUAGUUUUUUCGUCAAUAAAAUGAGGGAGUUGAUAUUAUUGGGUGAUAUGUGUGGAAUUCCCUUCUAUAUUUAACAUUUUAUGAAAUAAAUUAGUGUUUGUAAGUGUACUUGUUUUAGCUCUCUAAUUUUAGUGAUAAUUUUCAAAUUGAAUUGUUCAUGGGUUUUUUUUAACUUAUUAAAUGGCAUUAAGGUGGAAAAUUAUAUUAAAUAUUGGACAAUUCCAGAUGCAACACAGUUGCCCCUAAAAAUAUAAUCUACAGGAAAUUUUUACUAGGGAAGAAAAAAAUGAAUGAAUCAGUGAUAGCUUACAAAUUAAACUUUGACUAAAUUAGGGAAAUAUAUACUACAUCCAAUGAGAAUAAGUUACCCCAAAAGAUGUGGAUAAAAAAUGAAAACUUUUACAGUGAAACCUGUGAGAGCCAGAACUUAAUGAGAUUGUCUUAUUUUUCCAGGUCUCUCAAAUUUUCACCUGUUUGACAGAGUGCAGCCUUAGCACUUUUCUGUCGCCAUCUAUCAGUGGAGAAUAUUUGAGUUUUCCUUCUCUGACAGAUUUCUACCUUACACAGGUUCCAACUUUCACAGAUUUUAUUGUAUUUGUUUUAAAAUGAGCAAGGCCCUCUAUUGAAUAAAGAGGAAUGAGACUCAAGUACUAUGGUAUCUAAGACCUAGACGCCUAUGGUCUUGGAAAAGAGAAAAGACGUUCUUAUAAUUGCUUAAAAAAACAUUUGUAAUAGAACAGACCAGGAUGAUAUACUGCAAGAGGAGUCAAGGAAAUCUCUAUGGAAUUUAUUCUAGAAACUUCUGAAGAUUUUCAGAAAAAUACAAAUAUUGUGGUAUAGUUAAAGUUAUGUCAAGCUGUGUUUCAUAUCAUUAAAUAGGUUUUGUAUUUCAGUGGUGAUACAUAUAUGUGUAUGAAUAUAUACAUAUCUCCAUCCAUUUAUCUAUCACCAGUUUAUGCGCCAGUUUGUUUAAUUCUAGAGAUUUAAGCUGAACAAUAGCUAAUAUUUACUGUUCGGGGGCAUGGUGCUAAGUACUUCACAUUCAUGAUUUCAUGUAAUCUUUAUAACAUCACUGUGAGAAAGGUAUAAUUAUCUCCCUUUUGUAGAUAAGGAAACUGAGACUUACAGAGAGUUUGCUCGAGGUCAUAUUGCUGGGAAGUGGUAGAACAGGAUUCCAACCCAAGCUGUCUGAAUUCAGAAUCUCCUCUUUUAAUCACUGUUGUUACUGUUAGGUGCUGUCCAGUGGGUCCCAACCCUUAGCAACCCUAAAGCACUGCCCCGUCCUGCCCCAUCCUCACAACCAUUGCUAUGUUUGAGCCUGUUGUUGCAGCCGCUGUGUCAGUCCAUCUCAUUGAGGGUCUUCCUCUUUUUUGCUGUCCCUCUACUUUACCAAGCGUAAUGUUCUUCUCUAGGAACUGGUCCCUCCUGACAAGAUGUCCAAAAUAUGUGAGAUGUGGUCUUGCCAUCCUUGGUUCUAAGGAGCAUUCUGGCUGUGCUGCUUCGAAGACAGAUUUGUUCGUUCUUUUUUGCAGUCCAUACAGUAUAUUCAGUAUUCUUCACCGACACCAUAAUUCAAAGGCAGCAGUUCUUCUUUGACCUUCCUUAUUCAUUGUCCAGCUUUCACAUGCAUAUGAGGUGAUUGAAAACACCGUGGCUUUGGGUCAGGCUCACCUUAGUCUUCAAGGUGACACCUUUGCUUUUCAACACUUUAAAAAGGUCUUUUGCAGCACAUUUGCCCAGUGCAGAGUGUCUUUUGAUUUCUUGGCUACUGCUUCCGUGGGUGUUGAUCGUGGAUCCAAGUAAAAUGAAAAGAUUGACAAUAUCAAUCUUUUCCCCGUUUAUCAUGAUGUUGCUUAUUGGUCCAGUUAUGAGGAUUUUUGUUUCUUUAUGUUGAGGUGUAAUCCAUCCUAAAGGUUGUGUUCUUUGAUCUUCAUAAGUGCUUCAAGUCCUCUUUACUUUUCAGCAAGCAAUGUUGUUACCGCAAAUUGCGGAUUCAAGCCAUCUGCCGCAAGCAAAUAGUGAGACAGGAGGAGGUAAGCAGCAAGAGGCUUUAUUGAACACCGUGUUCAAGAGACAGAGGGGGCGAAGUUUCCCCCAGAUUCUGUCUGCCCCCAGAGGGCUACAAAAGGGUUUUAUAGGGAGAGGGUCAGGGUUUAGAAAUUCCCAGGAAUGUUGAUUCUUCUUUGAGGGGGACGUAGUGAUGAAGUGACUUAUUGUUGACAUCUUGCAGGCCUCUUUACGCCAUCCUGGUUUCGGUCACUGGAUGGGUCUGGGUUUUGCUCAGUUAUCUUGGAUCCUGAUGGUAUUGCUUAUCGUUUUUGUCACCUUGGAGAGAAACAUGGUUUAAUCAACAACAAAAAUCUUGAUUACCUUGUUUUUCUACAACGGAACAAUCGCGAGACAGAUUCCAGAGCAAAUAAUCGACAUUUUUAAAGACUAAAUAUUUUAAUCACAGCCUAUACAGCUUUAGCUAAACUAGAAAAUAUAUUCUCUCUUAUUUUAAUACUAAAACACUGCAGAAAAUGUAUUUUCUCUACUUCAAUGUUGUUUCAUCUGCAUAACGCAGGUUGUUAAUGAGCCUUACUCCAAUCCUGAUUCCAUGUUCUUCUUCAUGUAGUAUAGCUUCUCAGAUUAUUUGCUCAGCAUACAGAUCACUAUCGCUUUUAAUCACCUUACUGUACUAAUCCCUAUACUGUGCUUCUUAUAACGUAGGUUUCUUUUCUUCAGAUAACUCACAGUUUAUUUGGGAGGAGGGGGCUAUGUGGGGAGAGCUAGAGAGACAGAGACAGAUAUGUAAAAGGAUGUUUAGUGGUAUAAUGGAAGUGUAUAUUAAGUACUUUUAGAACACAGAUGAGGAAGCAAUUACUAGAGGGUACAGGAGAUGGGGAGUUGACUCCACUGGACAGCAACUGGGUUUAAUGGGUGUGUAUCCAUACCUUUUUGAUGGGACUCUAAAUUGGUCUAACCUUGUUGAAGGAUAAUUUUAAGUUGUAUGUUUUCCUUGAACCAGUAAUUUUGCUUCUAAAACUUUUCUGUGGAAAUAUUCUCACAUGCAUGUGGUAAAAAUUAAAUGAGUUAAUAGUAUGUGUAAAGCUCUUAGAAGAAAGCCUGGCACAUAAAUACUGGGUAAAUGUUAGAAUAGGUAUGCGUCAAUCAAGAAGAUGGUGCAGGACUGGGCAACGUUUUAUUCUGUCAUGCACAAGGUCACCAUAAGUCAGAGCUGACUCAAUGGCAACUUAACAACAACAAUAAAAAAAAACCCGUUGCCAUCGAAUCCAUCCCAACUCAUGGCAACACCAUGUGUUACAGAAUAGAACUGAGCUCCAUAAGGUUUUCUUAGGUAUAAUCUUUAUGGAAGCAGAUUGCCAGGCCUUUCUUCCAUGGUGCUGCAGUGUGGGUUCCAGCUGCCAACCUUUUGGUUAGUAGCUGAGAGCAAACCGUUUGUGCCACCCAGGAACCUUAACAAGAAGAAGAAGAAGUAUAUAAAUGAAUAGAGGUCAGGCUAUCUUAGUUCCAGUGAUAGGUCUGCUAAUAAUUAGCUGUGUGGGCAAGUCAUUUCACUUCUCAGGGCCUUUGUUUCCUUACAGAGAAUGAGGAGCUUGAUCUGGAUAACAUCUAAGGUUCCCCUUCCAUCUCUCCCAUUCAGUGAUGAAUUGAUAAAAAUCGCAUUAUUAUGGAUUAUUAUGUUGAAUAAAGUUGCAAAGAAAAAGGCAAUAAUGCUUUUUCGUAAAGCCUACGAGUGCUUCGUACAUGCCAUAAAUGAGGCUUCAAUAUAUGGGUGUGGUGAAUAGAACAAGUGGUUCUAAAUAUGGGACAGAAUCUUAGACUAAGCUGGAAGGCACUCCGAAGUGAUAUAGUUGAAUCUUCUUUAGACUUAUAGACUUCUGUUUAUGUUUAGCAGGUAGCAUUUAUAUGAUACUUUACCCUUUCGUAGGUAAUUUUUUAUUGAACAAAAAAUUAAAGCUCAAGGAGAUGAAAAAUCUUGCAGUUUAUGAAUGAUGAAGUUGGAACUAUAUAUUUGUAUAAUUCUACAUUUUUGUAUUCUUUUCACACCUUCCCUCCUUGACAAAUCCUCACCCAGCCUUCGCUAGAAUAUUUCUCCAAGUUGAAGAAUUGCUAUGCAUUGAGGCAGCUUAUGUCCUUUUUUGAUUUAUUCUAUUUGUUGGGAAUUUUUUCUUUUAUUGAACUGAAAGUGUUAGCAGAUUUAUCACUUGGUCAAAGUCACAUAAGCCAAUGCUAAAGUCAAGAGUAGAUGUAGGCCAUAGAAUAUUUUUAUACCAAGUUCAUAGUAAACCCUUUUUCUCUGAAUAUCCGUGGUGUUUGCAAACAGUUUUACUGCUGCCAUGUGAUGGGAAUGUCACCAGCUGGCAUUCAGGGUGCAUGUGACACAAUUGUGAAGAAACAUCUUAGUCAGAGCAAAAACAUAUUUUAGAAGUCAUAGAAGAUUUUCUCAGAUCCGCAUAUGAGAAAAAAGGCUUGGCUUCUCUCUUAGGUGAGAAUUAAAAAAGUUUUUUUUAAUCUUUAUUAAAUUUUAUUGAAGUAAUAAUGCGUUUCUAAAAUUUUUUUCUUUUAAACUUUUACUGAAAUAUAACCCAUCACCUGGAAAGUACACUAAUUGUAAAAAUUUAGCUUAAUGGAUUUUUUACAAAGUGAACACACCCAUGUAACCAGCAUUCAGAACAAGCAAUAGAGUAUUUCCGGCAACCAGAAGCCCCUCCUCUACCACCUUCCAGAGAGCGUUAGUGGUUCAGUGGUACCAUCCUCAUCGGCCAUGCAGGAGACCUGGCGUGGAUUCCUGCCCAGUGCGCCACAUGCACAGCCACACCUGUCUGUCAUCGGAGGCUUGUGUGUUGCUAUGGUGCUAAACAGGUUUAAGUGGAGCUUCCGGACUAAGACAGACUAUGAAGGAAGGCCUGGGGAGCUACCUGAAAAUUAGCCAGUGAAAACUCUUUGGAUCACAACAGUUUAAUGACGAGGCAACGUUUGGUCCAUUGUGCAUGGGGUCACCAUGAGUCAGGGGCACCUUGAUGGCAGCUAACAACAUGUCAUCUUGCACUCUGCCUUUGAGUAACUACUAUUCUGACUUCUAACACCAUUGGUUUUUCUUUUGCCUAUUUUUGAACUUUAUUAAAAUUGCGUCAUACAGUGUACGCUCAGUUUUUGAUCUAGAUUCUUUGGCUCAACAAUAUUCUUGAGAAGAUAAUCAAUAUUAUUGGUAGUUCGUUAUAUUUGCUGAGUAGUGUUCCACUGUGUGACUGUACCUCAGUUUAUCCAUUCUACUGCUGAUGGACAGUUGGAUAGUGCUGCAGUGAAUAUCCUUAUACGUGUCUUCUAUAAGGAUUUUUGUACAUUUCUAUUUGAUAUAUCUAGCAGUAGAAUUGCUGGGUCAUGGGGUACGCAGCUGUUCAGGUUUAGGAGAUAUUGCCAAGUAGUUUUCAAAGCAGUCAUAAUAGUCUACAUUAGCAGUUUCACAUCCUCUCCAACAUUUGGUAUUAUCUGCCUUUUUACUUUAGUUAAUUCACAUAAUUUAAAAAUUAAAAAGAACAGAAGGACUUGUAAUGAAAAGCAGACUUUACCUCAACCCUCUAAGUCACACUCUUCAGAACCAACCAUUUGGGACUGUUUCUGCUUUUAACAAUUUUUAGGAAGCAGUGGUUAAGAUCACAGAUAUAUGCUGAGAAAACAUACUUUAUUAUUUCUGUCCUUCUAAAUUUAUUGAGGUUUGUUUUUGGCCUAAGCACAUGGUCUAUCUCAAGGAAUGUUUCGUGUACACUUGAGAAGAAAGUAUAUUCUGUUGUUGAGUGUUCUAUAGAUGUCUUUUAGGUCUAGUUGGUUUUUAGUGUUAUUCAAGUCUGUUUCAAAGUUGAUCUUCUUCCCAGUUCUAUCCAUUAUUGAAAGUGGGGUAUUGAAGUCUCCAACUAGUAUUGUUGAAUUAUCUAUUUCUCCCUUUAUUUCUGACAGUUUUGCUUCAUGUAUUAUGGUGCUCUGUUACUAGGUACAUAUAUAAUUGUUGUAUCUUCCUAAUGAAUUGACCCUUUUAUCAUUACAAUAUGUCUUUAGUAACUUUUUUUGUUUGUUUUAAAGCCUGUUUUGUCCGAUAUUAGUAUAGCCGCUCCAGGCUUCUUGUGGUGGCUGUUUGCAUGAUAAUUGUUUACAUCCUUUUACUUUCGAUCUGUUUGUAUCUUUGAAUCUAAAGUGUUUUUCUUAUAUACAGCAUAUAGUUGAAUCUUUUUUUUAAUCCAGUCUGAUAAUCUCUUUUUUUGAUUGGAUUGUUUAAUCCAUUUAUGUUUAAUGUUAUUAGAUAUACAUCUGCCAUUUUACUUUGUGUUUUCUGUAUGUCUCAUAUCUUUUUUGUUCCUCCGUUCUCCCUUUACUGCUUUCUUUUGCAUUAAGUAA